UUGAAUUGUUCCCAGGUGCCCGUAACGCUGGUGGACAAGCAGCAUGCUCGUUGCGGUUUGUGCAAUGCAGUGGUAUCGCUGAACCGGAAAUUUGAAAAGCCCCAGCCAGGAUUGGGCAAACCUCUGUCGAUUCAGGAUUUUGCUGUCAUUGAUGCAACACUGGAUCGUGCUGCAAAUCUGCAGUGUAUUUGGUGCGGAAUGUUUAUGAGUUCCGAUACAAUGGCUAUGCAUUUUUCCGAGGUUCAUCCAGAUGAUGUAGAAGUACCAAAAUGUAACCUCUGUUUACAGGAGCUUGUAAUAAAUGCACGUCUUCAAGAAAAAUUUGCCGAUGAAUUUGACGUUUCGAUGCCCGAUGAGCAUCAUUUUAAAUGUGGCAAAUAUGGUACCAUGCAUACAUCGGAAGCUCGUUUACAUGCAGCCAUUGAGAAGCGUAUGAAAAUGCGUGAAGGAGAUGUUGAAGACGAUUUUGAAGAUGAGGAUGUGGAAAAGAAUGAAGUCGUCGAAGCAAGCCGAAACGACAGUUCAUAA